AUGGAUAACCACACCACAGUGCCUUAUUUUCUGCUCCUUGGAUUCUCAAAAACUCGACAGCUGCAGGUUCUGCACUUCUUCUUGUUCUUUGCAUUUUAUUUCGCAAUUGCAACAGCAAAUCUUCUCAUCAUCUCUGCAGUAGCUUUGGAUGAUCGAUUGCACAGCCCCAUGUAUUUCUUUCUCAUGAAUUUGGCUUUGCAGGACCUGGGCUCUGUUUCGGUCAUUGUCCCCAAGGCCAUGGCAAAUUUUCUCAUGGGUACGAGACAUAUUUCUUACUUUGGUUGUGUUGCACAAGUCUUUUUUUUUAUCUCCUUUACAGCUUCUGAUUUCUUCCUCCUCACAGUUAUGGCAUAUGAUCGGUAUGUUGCCAUUUGCAACCCACUGCAGUAUGAAGCAUUAAUUAAUUGGAAAUCCUGCACUGAAAUUGUGAUUCUGGUUUGGAUAGUCAGUCUCCUCUAUGGAAUGUUGCAUACCAGCAGCACCUUUUCCAUCCCUUUCUGUUCUAACAAUGUUAACCAGUUUUUCUGCGAAAUUCCACAGUUGCUAAAGCUAUCCUGCUCUGGAUUCAAUCUAAUUGAAAUUAGAGUUCUUGUAACUGGAUUAGGGUGUUUUACUUUUAUCAUAAUAUCUUAUGUCAUGAUCCUCAAAACAGUGUGGAGAAUCCCUUCUGUCCAGGGAAGGCAAAAGGCCUUCUCCACUUGUGUUCCCCACCUUACAGUAGUUUCUCUACUUCUGUUAACUGGAUUCUUUGCAUAUCUGAGACCUCCCUCUAACACCCCAUCUUAUUUAGAUUUAGCAUUAUCUAUCCUAUAUUCCGUUCUUCCACCCCUGUUCAAUCCAAUCAUCUAUAGCAUGAGAAAUAAGAAUAUCAAGUAUGCCCUAUCUAAAAUAUGGAGUUUUUGA